GUGUGUAUAGUGCUAGCCAUAAAAAAUUGCAGGGGGCGAAAUUAUUCUUUUUGCAAAUCUUCCAGGUACUCGGUGGUUGCGUUCUGGACACCCGAGGGGCAUUCAAUGGCGGUUCCGCCCCCUGUUGAAAUAUUUGCAAUAGCUGUUGCUGAAGGAAAACAGAGAGCCCUUGCGAGACACUGAUAGGCGCCAUCAGGUUUCUUGCAAGGGCCAAACUCCGCCGGACAUGGGAUUGGAGUCUGCUGACAGUGGGAUCUCUCGUGGCGAAAUAUCGUUCACGAUCUUUAGGUGCCAAAUGCCGUUCCAUGGAAUCUCUGAACAGUCGGGUUACCCCAAUUUUGUAGAAUAUGUCGGGACACACGCUAACACACGGCCGAGUGACUCACGUACCCAAAGGACCAUCCCCGUGUAGCUGCCUAUGAUCGCGAGAGACAUACGUUGUCCUCGUGCGAGCUGUGCGAUUUUGAGCCUGUUCUCGAGUCUGUCUGUAGGAACCAGUCCAUUCCCUAGCUUCUGCGGCGCACCACCUAUUUUCAGCGCGGACAUUAUCCCUGCCAGUUAUCGAGGAGAACUGGUGCUCAUCGGUGACACCAGUAGAAGGCCCUCCGCGGGACACAUUGUUCUUUGUGCAAUGCCUAGGAGUUCGAGGACGAUCUUGCAGGUCCAUUCAUUUCAAUGUCUGCUACUACGAAUGUUGUGCCACUGUAGGAUUAUGCCGGGUGGACCCUACAGCGACAUAGCCACGGUACAAGCGAAGGGAGCUCGGCGACACUGCUUUCCCCGACUACCCGUUUUUGGACGUGACCGGACCUUCUGCAAGGCCGGUGCGAUUUGCUUUGGGUCAAAGCGUGACACUGAGUUGGCGGGACCACGCUACACCGGCAGAUUCCCCGAGAACAACCCUCUCGCGUUCUUCUGGUCAGUUCGAGAUUUGGACUGUUGAUUUCGUUAGGUUGCUUUGUGAGUAUCCGAGUUUCGCAGUCUUCCUUAUUUGGUUGUGACAGGCAAGAA